AUGCGGGUACACAGUGACCUUUAUCGAACCCAAGCCUCCAUAAGAAAACUUGAACUAAGAAAAAACAAAUACAAACAAGAAAAUCAAUGCAAAUAUAAGAUGAUUUAUAGACCGAUUACGUGUUUAUUUCAAUUUGUAGUUGUCUUUUAUGCAUCAAAGUGCACAGAAAAUGUAGUUGCACAACAUUCGAAAGUACCGGGCAAUUCGAUUGUCUGUUUGAACAACACUUCCGUGGUGUAUGAGGAACUGCAACUUUUAAAAAAACAGAUAUCCGCCACUCCCACAGUAUAUUCCUUACGCUCUAUUGAAGAGUUGGAAUCAAAACAUGCAGACAAACUUAGCGACACGACAAACGUGUUCCAAUUCAAAGACACAAAAAGCUCGCUUCAAUACAACCACCGCAACCGUAACUGGGUGGAAGUAAGACAAAAAGAUCCAGCCGAUGCUCCCCAGAUUUUCCCGUUAGAAUACUGGAUACCAGCAUCCUAUUGCCUAGAUUCAACAUCGGGGUCAGGCGGAACAAUUAGUCGGAUUGUCACAGUGCUCUUGGAAGCAGCAGUGGAAAACUAUGUGGACUUGUACAUUGGUUUUCCAACGUAUGCGUUUCUGGAAGCCUUAGGACUUUCAAUUGGCGUUAAAGUAGGGAAAGUAAUGGCAGCGACCUUGUUAUUUUCCUGUGCUGUAAAUAAAGGUGAGAUUCUUCAAAUGCAGUAUCGCCCCUCGUAUGUGCUUGUUCCAACAAUGGAGGCAAUUCUGUAUAAAUUUAAGGGGAAGAAAUUCAAAAAACUAAAAAUAAAAGUGAUCAAGCCCUUCAAGAUGUUGGUUAUCGAUGCUCCAGAACACCAGUGUUGGGCAACAAAUAAAGCAGAGCAUUUACAAUGUUCAAAACCAUUUAAUCACAGACACCUCAUAAAGUUUUAA